UGAAUGAAUGAAUGAAUCGAUUAUUUUCCUCAUGAUGAUGAUCAUUAUCAAUUAUGUACCUAAGCUCAUGUGAUCACCAGAAUCAAAACAAUCAUCAUGCAGUGAAUGAUGACAAAUCAUUGAUUAGAAACAGAACAUACUUAUCUCCUAUCGACCCAAUCAAACAUAUCGUGUGCAGUAACCGAACAAAAAUGAUGACUCCAAUCAAAACCAUAUUAAUCAUGGUUAUCAUUAUUCACCCGAUUCAAUGUUCAUCCAAUCAUGGGAAUGCUGGUGUUCCACAUUUCGAUCGACCUCGAUUCGGCUCUAUCGAUCGUGAUAAACGUCAAUCUAAUUUCACUUUAUCCGACCUUGAUAAUGACUACAAUUUUUCAACGACCGCGACUUUCUUCGAAAAUUCAACAGCAACCACUAUUCAUUCAUUCACCAACCUUAUCCCAAUCGAUGAUGAUUUCAAACCAUUAUUCAAAGGUCGUAUCAUUCCCAAAAAUGAAUUAAACCUCACCGAUAAAGCGAAAAAAGUGAUGACCGAAUUGGAUUACUAUGAUCAAGAUGAUUAUGGCGAUGAUGAGGACUAUGAUGAGGAUGAUAAUAUUACUAGCACGGAAUCCCCCAACACCAAUAAUGUUACUGACAAUCAAGAUGAUGAUGAUGAUGAUAUUGAUAAAGCUAUAGGUGGCGUCGCUGGAAUUCUUGACAAAUUGAUUCGGGGACCAAAACAAAAAGAAAUUAACGGAAAAUCCCGGCCAGAAGAUGUUUACAUUUAUCUGAGUCGCAUCAUUCAGGAUGAGUAUGCUAAAUCGAUAAAGGCAAUAAUGCCUCGAGUCUAUGAUUAUCAAUUUGUGAUUGGUGAGCGUAUUUCCCAACGUUGCUUCAAUUCGUUCGUGCAAUUUGCCAAUCAAUUUCGUAGACAUUCAAUAUGGCCAUACCAAAUGAUUGCAGCAUCAGCAACCUAUUCAUCUUUGAAUAAAUUUGCUCUCCGCAGUUAUGGUGAUUUCGAUAGCUGUUUGGAUAUUGUUGCCCAUGAUGAUAGAGAUGACCGUACUGAUCAAGUAUUCUUUACCGGACAAUAUUGUCUCAUUGAAGUGGAAUUACCGCUGCCCGAAUUGAAAUCGAGCAUCACCUAUUCCGAUCGAAUUCUCGAUUUCAAUCAAACAGAGCUGUCGGGCACAUUUAGCGAAUAUUAUUUGAUGAUAGCGCCGUUUCUGUAUUCGAAUCCUUUAUCAUUUGCACUUUGUCUGCCUUCCACUUGCUCGCCCCAAGAAAUCCAAAGUGUUGCCAAUUUUUUUCUGCAAAAAUUUCGCAUCAAUACCCGUCCCUUGUCUGACUGUUAUAGCAGAUUCAAUAUGACGGUUGAAGCGUUGCCUGAGGAUGUUUCCGACAAAUUCAAUCUCGAAUCAAUCAGACAGAUGCAAUCCGGAUCCUUCAUCACUCAGUUGAAUCGAUAUCAAAUAUUGGCCAUAUUGUUUGCUGUUGUAUCGGUCAUCACUGUAUUGUUUUCGACCAUAUACGAAGUUUACCAUCGAUACUCGUCGAAUGAAACCUUGAGGAAGAGUCAUCACCGCAAUCGUCCAAAAUCCUUUUUAGUUUGUUUUUCGUUUCGCUAUAGCCUUGAGCAAAUGUUCAUCAUUCGCGAUCGUUAUGCUGGCCAGCAAAUGAGUGAUUUUCCUCGGAAUAGCGGCCGAAUGACCAAUACCGCUUGUUUGGAUGCAAUCAAAUCGUUAGCAUUGGCCUGGAUUUGCCUUAGUAAUUUUUAUCUUGUUGGCUAUCAAUCCCAUAUGAUAUCUAGUCUUCCUCAUGUUCGUCAAUUGCAAUUGAAUAUUCGAACCAAUGUCUUCUAUCAAAUUGUCAUUCAAUCAUGGCUGUCAUUUGACAUUUUCUUUGUCAUCAGUGGUUUUUUGUUGGCCUAUACAUUUCUGCCCUACAUAUCUAAACACGAAGGUCGACCAUUAUUAUCAUUCUUUUUUGCCAAACGAUUCCUUCGUCUAUUCCCCUCUGUGUUUUUCGUCGGUAUGGCCAUUAAAUUGUUGCCAUUAUGGCAGAAUGCCGGUCCCAUUUAUAAUUCCAGUGUUGAGCGAAUUCUCCAACCAUGUCAACAUUACAUCCUAAGAAGUUUGUUAUUUUUUGCCGAUUUCUAUGAUUACGACAGAACGUGUCUACCACAUCUUUGGUAUGUUAGCAAUGAAUUUCAGCUAUCCAUGCUUGGCGUUCUCGUCCUCACAUUCGUCUAUAAUCGCCGUAAACAUGCAGCGAAAACAUUUGCUGCGUUGAUUGCCAUCGGAAUCCUAAUGUCCGGUUUGAUUGCACAUCGUCUUCAACUGAAAUCGUUGAUCAUCGACAAUGUAAUCAUCAAGGAAAGACCUGCCAUUUUCAAAUCACUACAUUUCAAUGGAUUCGCUCAUUUUCAGUCAUAUUUUGCCGGUAUGGCAUUGGCUUAUUAUUGUCGAACCAAUUUCAAUCCAACAGCUAAGCCAUUCAAUUUCGCCCUGCCAAUGCGAAUUGUUACGGCACUCAUUUUAUUGACCUUGUCAUCAGCAUAUGUGGUUUAUAUUCCGUUAAUAUUCGCUCACUACGAUUUGGAUGGCCACCAAUCGAAUUGGCCAAUCAUUGUUUAUUACGCUACAGCCCGAAUCCUAUUCAUCGGACCAACAUUGUGGAUGAUCGUCCAAUGUUUACCUCGUAACAAUAUCAUCACUAAAGUUUUGUCCUGGUCCAUAUUUCGCAUUUGUAGCCAUCUUUGUUUUCAAAUCUAUCUGUGGAAUUUGAUCAUCAUUUGGAUUUAUUUAUUCACCAAACGCACACUGUUAGAAAUCAAUCUAAUGGAGUCGGUAGGUUUUUGCUUGUUUGUUUGAUCAUGUUCUGAUUCCGAUAAUAUUGAUAGUUCAUCAAUUUCGAUGAAGCAUCGUCAUUCGAAUGCAACCACCUUCAACAAUAACCAUAUCAAAACGACAACGCUGAUCGAGCAUCAAUACAAACAUUAUGAUAACCCGAGCAUUGUCAUCGAUUCCUGA